CGGCGCCCCGGGAAGCGUCGGCUCAGGGGCAUCCCACCCACUCUUCUUCGCCCACAUGCACCACGACGUGGAGAACCCCCUGUCCCCGCCGCUCGCGAUCGCGCGAUACGGAGGCGUCGGCGGUCCGCUGUAUGUCUACGCGACUGAGGAUUCCGGACUGCCCGGAAGCUACGAGUCGUCCUCGACGUUCGCCGGAGGGGGCAGGCGGAGGAGGUCGCCUCCCGACAUUGUCGGGGGGUCGCCAAGGAAAGUGAGAGAGUCCUUGACGUCCUACCUGUCUUCAAUCUCUCAAAUACCGUCAUCCUCCCCCUCCUCAUCCACUCUCUCCCACCCCCUUGAUCCUCACUCCGGUCAUGCCCAUCCUUCCCACACGCAGAUCGUCAAUCCAAUGACGCCCCCUUCGCUCUCCUCCACUCCGGCGAUCCAAUUCGCCCGUCCAUCCAUGACAACCAUGUCCGCCUCGCUACCUCUCACUCCGGUGUCCUCCAACGAUGGCUCCCUCAACCUCGGCAAGUCGCACGCCGCUUAUCCCCGUUCGUUCCCCGAAACGCCUAACAUACCCGAGGCGAACGCGCCGAUCAUACCCCUCAUCUCGUCGGUGUUCCCAUACCACGCCACGCAGGUCGCCUCGAUGGCGCGGAUUCUCGAGAUUGUCACUCCUCCAGAUCACGUCCUGCAGGGCUUCGUCGUCGACCACCCUGGCUCAGGUCGGACAGUCUAUGUCCACCUCCCACCUCCACAUGCCUCGGCUCAGGUCCGCCCCGAGACGCUCUCUGCAAACUUCUCCGACGUGCUCCGCCCUCAUGAUCCGAAACGAACCGUUCCGUCCCCGCAACCCCCGUCUGCGCCCGGCCAAGCCCUCGACAUGCGCGACUCGCUCACGGCGUUGCUGGACCUCGCGUCGGACAACCUCGAGGCGACGAGUCUGGUGUUGGUUCUGGACAAGGACGAGCGGGAUCCGGACCGGUUGGGCGAGCUGCUGCACUCUCUGAUGUACAUGGGUGGGCAGGUGGUCAGGCCUGGAGGGCUAGAGGGUGGUUGGGAUUGGGAUCAGACGCAAUGGGUGUUGGUGGGCAUAGAGCUG